AUGGCUGCAGAGGAGCUGUCGGAGGGCGGCAUGGCCGACAUCAUCCGUGCCCUGCAACUCAUUCACAACCCUGCGUCGUCAAAUGAUCUACGAAAGGAGGCCUCCCAGUUCGUGGAGAGUUUGAAAGAGUCUGACGCCGCGGCACGAAAUGGCUUCCUUUUGGCUUCCCGUAUGGAGCAUGAGCCCGUUGUCCGAUACUUCGGUCUUACUCUCCUCGAUCAUGUUCUUCGCCAAUACAACUUCACGAACCCCGAAGAAGCCAAGGCCCUACGCAUGAUGAUUUUGCAGCUCGCCGAGAACAUCCGCCCCGAAGACCCUGCCUAUUUCCGGAAUAAGAUCUCCCAACUGUGGACCGAGGCCGCCAAGAAGACCUGGGGACUAGAUUGGAUGGAUAUGGAUGCCAACCUGGUUCAGUUCUGGGGUGCAUCUCUCGUUCACAAAGAGCUGGUACUCGCUGUUCUUGAGACCCUUUCCGAGGAUGUCUUUUUCCGAGAAGAUACUGCCUCGUCGUUACGGGGAGGUGAGCUCAAUCGGUCGCUCAUCGAGAUCUUCACUCCUGCUCGCAUCGUAGAGCAGAUUACUGGGGAUAAAAACAUCCCCACCAUCCCACGCUGUGGACAGGAGGGCUGGCUAGUUCGAAUCUGCGAAUUUCUCGACAAUUGCGUCCAGAACGUCUCUAGCUCGGAACAGGCUCGGGAUGCGGCCAUAAAAGCCCUGGCAACUUUGAGAUCUGCCUUGUCAUGGUCCGUCUACAAAGGUGUUAUUGCGUCCCAGGUUGUUCCCAGCAUUUUCCGAUCUUUGCCUUGUCAAGAUGACCAGGUGCUUCUCUCUGCAAUCGAAGCACUCCAUGCGCUCUAUGGAAGAAAUACUAUCGGCAGCGAAGACUCGCACGAGCUAGUCUGCCUGAUAUUUGAGUCGGAAUACCUUGUUGUUCUUCAAAGGCUUUACGAAUGGUCAAUCGUGGGCCCAGAUGACGUUGACGACCCCAAAUACCUUAUCUCUAAAAAGCUUUCUGAGAUGGUCUCAUAUAUCGCAGGAUGCUUGGAAGAUGACAAGUUCUUAGUCUCUACCAUGGACCGUUUGAAUCUGCCGCCAUUCCUGCAAUUCAUGGCCAAUAUCAUGCAACACCAGAGCUUGACGGUCUCCAUACCUUGCCUGCAUCUUUGGUCCAGACUAUUACAAAACUCCAAAAUCAGUAACUUGGACUUUGUGGUAGAACACACUCCUCAGUUCUUGAAUAUUUGCACCCAGCGGCUUCUUCGUUGGGAGUCUCUCCCGACUGAAUCCGAUGAUCCUACGGUACAGUUCUUAGUCGAAGACAUUGAUACAGUUCCCGAACGACAUGCCUUUGUCGGAAAUUACCGCCGUUACUGUUCCUCGAUCAUCGAAGUCAUCACAGUCAAGCGUCCCCAAGAAGCGGUGCGUGAAAUCCUCGCACGAGUGGACACCAACCUCGACAACUUGUAUAGCGGUGUUCAGCCAUUUAGCAUGGCAACCUUCUCCAAAUCGUCGAUUCCUCUCAUGCGAGCGGAUGCUCAAUUCGCAGUGGUAGAGGCUGUCAUCAAGGGCUACAACAAGUGGGUUUCAGCUCAUGGAAAAGCACCCCAGCGUGAUGAGUCUAAACGAAUGGAAUUAGAACAUGCGGUGGAAAACUGGGCUUCGAUUCUCAUGCAAAAAUCUUUUGAGGAUCCUGUUCUGAAACAAAGAGUCAUCAAACUGGCUGUCGACAUCUCUUCGAGGGCUUUGGAUAAUCAUCCAGGAUUUGCGCUCAAGGUUCUGGAACACAUUCUUAUGUCACGCCUACCAGAUCGGUCUGAAUACCCAUUGUAUUCCGAGGCUGUCAAAGAACUUCAUGGAUUGGCAAGCUCUGAACUUCGUCGGUUGGCUAUGCGCUAUGCGGACUACUUUUAUACUUUCUAUGACCUCCUUGAGCCAAAGAUCAAAGAAAUCACGAUGGCUAACCGCAUCGAUGACAAGUUGCAAAUGGAACUGACUUCCAUCUUGCUCAUUAUCAUGCAACGCGCAAUCAAUGCUGAUCCUUAUCUGCGCCAAAAUCGACUUUCAGCCUUCCUCCAGCCCAUCCAAGAGUCAUGGCAAGACGACCAAUUUCGUCAGAACAGCUCCACUUUCCCCGGGUUUUGCAAUAUGCUUGGAUUGGAAAAUGUUGGCCCAUACAUGCAAUCCAAAGAAGCACAGAAACUGGCAGACUGGUCCGAGGUUGUCUUGGACGCCGAAGGAAGGUUAGUUCAAGAAGAGAUGACCAGAAAAUUUCAGCUGUUGCCAUUGCGUGGCACCAAGACUAUGUUGGCUGUUUCCACAGAUCGAGUCAAAAAGUCUACGCCAGCAUAUGUGACCGCUUGCGAGAUGUGGCACGAAUUGAUCCCUGUUAUUCUUCCCACCUUGCUGCAGCUUAUCAGACACGCCCAUGCCUUCCACAACCCUGCCAACUGGAAUAUGGUCGAAGGCAUGCAACCAGUAGUAGAACGCAUCCUGACAGAUCGAUUUUGGCAGGCUGGUAUUUCUAUCGGUAGCCGCGACGAGUUCUACGCCAGAAUCACAUCAUCGAAGUCUACACUUGAAGGGUUUGCAUCAUCGGUUCGAGGAAAAGUCAGAGCUGUCCGUGAAGCGUGCUACUCCAUGCUAUUCAGCAUGAGCAGGAUGCGAGAGCACUUCUAUGGAUUCGCCGAACUCCCAGGACCCCUAUCUGAAGCAUUGUUCGUUGACUCACCGCAUCUCUCCUCCCACCAGUUCUCGGUUCUUCUCAACAUCUCGCGUUGUCUGAUUGACGACUGCCCUCCAAUUCUUGCCCCCAUGCUGUCGACUCUGUUCACCAACAUUGAUCGAAAAGUUACCACGGAAUGGGAGAUCAUUGAACAACGCAGGAAUGGAAUUUCGGACGGAGAUCUCACCACGGAGAUGAAGUCUGAAAGUGUCCUUCGUCAGUUGACUUACUCUGCUGUGAUCAUGGUAGCCAGUCUAUUCGAUCCACAGAGAGGUGGUAAAGCCUCCCUGAUCCGUCAGACCUUUAUAAGCAUAUCACACCCAAUACUGACGGAGCUCUCAGACCCAGAUGGGACUGAAUCGGACCCCAGUGCACCCCAGCCGACCCCGAACCUCUCUGAUUCUAUCCGCCAUUUCGUCCUCUCCUCCCCACAGAUAUUUGAGCCAGUCAUGCUCUUCUGUACGCACGCUCUUCGCAUGCGCGACACACGCAGCGGCAGCAUUAUCACCCGCGUCAUUCGCUCAAUUCUGCAAGACUUUGCGCCCACAAACGAUACCCCGGACACCCAAACAAUCGCGACCAUCCGCGAAUUCAUAUGUACCGAUGUCCUCACAGCAUGCAUUUCAUCUGUACAUGAAUCAUACUUUGUCGAUAUGCAGAAGGACCUCGCCCAGCUAAUUGCAUCAAUUUGGUGCCUCUAUGGCUUCUGUAGCGAGACCCCUCGUGCUGUUUUCCUCAGCUUGCCAGGAAUCAGCGCAGAUAAAGUGGCCAGUACCGAGUCUGCACUUCAUCGCACUACCUCGCCAAGGCAGCAGCGUGCAUUAGUGUUGGAGCUUCUUGAGCCCUUGCGCGGCAUCAGUGUUGCCGAGCAAGGGAAGAUACUGGGAUCUCGCGAGGAACGUCGUAAGGCCCGUUCAGCAUUGCAGGAGCGGUACAUGACCAAUGAAAUGGAGACCCAGCACCAGAAUCACCGUGUCGAUAUCAACGAUGGUCCUGAUCUUGGUGGUGUGGCUGAUCUAUUCGGAUAG